AUGAAAGGAGGGAACGCAGACACCUGGCAGAGAGAGAGGUCCUCCACUAUGGAAUCACCCGAGGAGCCAGGAGCGUCCAUGGAUGAAAACUACUUUGUGAACUACACUUUCAAAGACCGGUCCCACUCAGGCCGGGUGGCUCAGGGCAUUAUGAAACUGUGUCUGGAAGAGGAGCUUUUUGCUGAUGUCACCAUUUCAGUGGAAGGCCGUGAGUUUCAGCUCCACCGGCUGGUCCUCUCUGCUCAGAGCUGCUUCUUCCGAUCCAUGUUCACUUCCAACCUGAAGGAGGCCCACAACCGUGUGAUUGUGUUGCAGGACAUCAGCGAGUCUGUUUUCCAGCUCCUGGUGGAUUAUAUCUACCACGGGACUGUGAAACUUCGAGCUGAUGAACUGCAGGAAAUUUAUGAGGUGUCAGACAUGUACCAGUUGACAUCUCUCUUUGAAGAGUGUUCUCGGUUUUUGGCCCGCACAGUACAGGUGGGAAACUGCCUUCAGGUGAUGUGGCUGGCAGAUCGGCACAGUGAUCCUGAGCUCUACACUGCUGCUAAGCACUGUGCCAAGACCCACCUGGCUCAGCUUCAGGGCACAGAGGAAUUUCUCCACUUGUCUCACCACCUACUCACUGUAAGUGGCCAAAACAGCUUGUGCCACCAGAUCACUGCCGCCUGCAAGCACGGUGGAGACCUGUAUGUGGUGGGAGGGUCCAUCCCACGGCGCAUGUGGAAGUGCAACAAUGCCACUGUGGACUGGGAGUGGUGCGCGCCUUUGCCACGAGACCGGCUCCAGCACACUCUAGUGUCAGUGCCCGGGAAAGAUGCCAUAUACUCACUGGGUGGCAAGACACUGCAGGAUACCCUCUCUAAUGCCAUUAUUUACUACCGGGUAGGUUAUAAUGUCUGGACAGAGACAUCGCAGCUGGAGGUGGCUGUGUCAGGGGCAGCUGGUGCCAACCUCAAUGGGAUCAUCUACUUACUAGGGGGGGGGGCUGAGAAUGACCUGGACUUCUUCACCAAACCAUCCCGACUCAUCCAGUGCUUUGACACAGAGACAGACAAGUGCCACGUGAAGCCGUAUGUGCUGCCCUUUGCGGGCCUUAUGCAUGCAGCCGUGCAUAAGGAUCUGGUGUUCAUCGUAGCUGAAGGGGACUCCCUGGUGUGCUACAAUCCCCUGCUAGACAGUUUCACCCGGCUUUGUCUUCCUGAGGCCUGGAGCUCUGCCCCAUCCCUCUGGAAGAUCGCCAGCUGUAACGGCAGCAUCUAUGUCUUCCGGGACCGACACAAAAACGGGCAUGCCAACACCUAUAAGCUUGACCCUGCCACUUCUUCAGUUACUGUCACCAGAGGUAUUAAGGUGCUGCUGACCAAUCUGCAGUUUGUGUUGGCCUGA